AUGGCGGAGGAUAAAAAGGAGGCGACAUCCAGCGGCGACGAGAGCGUCAAGUUGUUUGUAGGUCAAGUCCCCAAGCACAUGACGGAAGCUCAGCUUCUCGCAAUGUUCAAAGAGUUCGCCUUGGUAGACGAGGUCAACAUCAUCAAAGACAAGACUACGCGCGCUUCCAGAGGGUGUUGUUUCGUGCUUUGUCCAUCCAGGCACGAAGCAGAUAAGGCGGUCAGUGCGUGUCACAAUAAGAAAACCUUGCCCGGGGCAUCUAGUCCAUUGCAAGUGAAAUACGCAGAUGGCGAGUUGGAACGUUUAGAACACAAGCUCUUUGUUGGCAUGCUACCUAAAAAUGUAUCUGAAGCUGACUUAUCCGAUUUGUUCUCCAAGUAUGGGUCAAUCAAGGACUUACAAAUUCUAAGGGGUUCACAGCAAACUAGCAAAGGUUGUGCUUUUUUGAAGUAUGAGACAAAAGUUCAAGCCCUUGCAGCGCUCGAAGCUAUCAAUGGAAAACAUAAAAUGGAGGGUUCAAAUGUUCCUCUGGUUGUCAAAUGGGCAGAUACAGAGAAGGAAAGGCAAGCUAGGAGAGCUCAGAAAGCACAAUCUCAGGCAUCUAAUAUACCAAAUGCUGACUUACAGCAUCCUUCCUUGGUUGGAGCCUUGCCAAUGGGAUAUGUUCCCCCUUACAAUGGCUAUGGUUACCAAGGCCCUGGAUCAUAUGGAAUCAUGCCAUACCGGUUGCCACCUAUGCAGAAUCAACCUGGUUUCCAUGGCAUGAUUUCCCCCAUCAAUCAAGGAAACGCGUUGCGCGGUGGAAUCAGACCUGACCUUUCACCCAAUAUGGGCCCUAGAAAUUAUGGUGUUCCUCCAGCGAGUUAUGUGGGCUCGGCUUUCCACCCUGCAGUCCCGGGCGUUCAAUAUUCUAUGACUUAUCAAGGAGGGAUGAUGAGUCAUCGACCAGUAGGUAGUUCACCUAGUUCAGCAUCUCAUCAAGUUGGGAGCAGUUGUAGUCCUGGAUCCUCUUCGGGUGUCACCAUAAGUUCGGGGUCUCAGGUUGAAGGUCCACCUGGUGCUAAUUUGUUCAUAUACCACAUACCACAAGAAUUUGGAGAUCAAGAGCUUGCUAAUACUUUCGAAUCAUUUGGCAAGGUGUUGAGUGCAAAGGUCUUUGUUGACAAAGCAACUGGUGUCAGCAAAUGUUUUGGUUUUGUUAGUUAUGACUCGCCAGCUGUAGCUCAAGCUGCAAUUGGUGUAAUGAAUGGAUACCAGUUAGGUGGUAAGAAAUUGAAGGUUCAGCUGAAAAGAGACAACAACAAACAGAGCAAACCUUACUGA